AUGAAUGUCGUAUCCGACUCGGCGCUCACCUGUUCGACAGUGAUGGCCGGACGUAUCCUCAACCCUCUAAAGGAGGGCGAUCUGAACAGGAUCCUUCCAUCGAUCCGAAGCUCGGCCAGGACCAUCACCUCUGUGUGGCAGGCGGCAGAGUGCGCGAUGGGCAGCGUCGAAACCGUGUACCAUCAGCUCAAGCUUCCGCUUCCGUACAACCCGCAACUUCGCCUCCGUAUCAACAAUUUGUUUCGAGUUGCACGCUAUUGCGUGUUACUGGCUGUCUCGUCUACGGAGCUGUGUGUUUCGCCGCGGUAUGCCCUGAUUAUCGACGGAGAUGACGAUACAUGCAGUGCGACGAGAACCUGCUCAGUGAUAGCCGCACAGUGA